AUGGCGUACUUUUGGAAAAUGCCUUUGACACAAGAUGAGUUACACGAAGGACAAUCUGAGGACCAAGCGUCUUCCUUUAUGUAUCAUUUUAAUCCUGAUAGCCAGGUCAGUCUAGGACUUGACCAAAUAGUUGGUGAAGGCAGCAGUGAAAUACCCUUUUAUGGUCCAGCAUAUACACAUGACCUUGAAGAAAAGGAGUUUUUCUCAGAUGCAGCAGAAGAACAUUUAUACGGAGUAAAUCCACCUCAAAUUCCUCAUAGGGACCUUUACUUUGGAAGCUCCACCUCUCACUGGCAGCAAGUCAGGGUGCCACCAACAAUUGGCUUCAGACCUUCUUUGCUAUCCGGAUGUAGUGACCUCUCCGUUGAGAAUUCCUACCCCACAUACCCCAUUGGAACACUUUAUGACUAUGAUCCAUAUGGAAGAAAUAACUUGAGUCCAACUACAGAUGAAUUUGGGUCAGAUGUGGAGAAAGAGAAUAAAAAUCUGAAUUUCUAUAUAGGCUUUGAACAUAUAGACUAUCAACAUCCCGUUUUCUCAGACGACAAUGCAAGUGGACAAGGAAUGAAAGAUAAAAGGAGAAAUGACAGUAAAACUUGCCUUGUGAGCUCUGGGGAAACAUACUUAACAAACCCUCCUAGAGAAUUGACCACAGGACCUGUCUGGCCCAGCAUUUCUGCAAACAGCUCUGCAGACAGCACAGAGCUUGCAGAUUGGUCUAUCCAGCUGGUUGAAGCGGAUCAAGGGAGUAAUGAAAGUAUUGCCUCCUUCUGCAAUGGAGUGAAGAAAAUCAGAGACGCAUAUCCUGCUUUUGAUUUGAAGACAAAUACUGGGAAGAUUUGGAGUGUCACAACAACAUUAUCAGAUGAGAUCCUUUGUAAAUCAAAAUUCAAAGUUAGCAUUUUGACAAACUGUUCGUCUCCUCCACUGCAUCUUACACCAUGUGCUAGCUGUAUUGUCCGCAACUUAAUUGUAGAGAUUCUCCAUUGUACAAAUCAAUAUCCAGCCCAGGAAGAGUGUUUUCUAAGUGUUUAUGGGUGUGAUGAAUUUUUGCAAAAUGAUCAUGCUUUGGGCAGUCAUGAGAGUCUUCGCAAGGCAACCACCUCCAUUCAGCUUCGUCUACAGAAAGACACCAGCUAUCAGCAAAGUUUGGCUCGAUCGCAUGAAGAUGACCAAAGUCAGUUUAAUGUGAACCAGCUGCUACAAUAUACAUAUAUUUGGAAGGUGUCCAGGAAGAACCUUGUUACAUUUAUUAUGAAAUAUGGAGGUCAAGUGGAAUAUCUAUUGCAAAAUGAGCAUAAAGUGGAUAAAGUAAUUGAAGAAGCUAAAGCAAUCUGCAGCUUUCUCUGUUCUGUGGAAACCAGGGCUAUUACUGAUGCAGUCAAGAAACUCCGUUCAGUGCCACUGGGAAAAACACAGAAUUCACUUCAAAAUGUAGAAACUCCAGUCAGAGUCUUGAUAGAGAAUGCUGUGGCAGAGCUAUCUACAGCCAUCUCCCAUCUCAUCCAUGUUUUCAGCAGCAGCUUCCACACAGAUUUUCGGCCUGCAAAAAUACUUAGAAGCCCUUCAUGUGCAGAUGUCGACCUAGAUCCCCACUUUAGCUUCACUGUUUAUGCAGCCCACAACAUCCCAGCAGCCUGGCUGAAAAGCUACAAGCUCUUCUCCUUUUCCUGUUCUUUAACCUAUGCUGGGAAGAAAAUAUGUCAAGAGAUGAACUGCAAAAAUAUGCCAGUUAAAAAGUCUUUUUUUUUCCUGGCAAACUGGAAUGAGAAAAUCAACUUUCCUCUACAAAUAAAAUAUCUUCCUAAUGAAACAAUAUUGACAUUAAAACUAUUUGGAGUAAACUGUGUAUCUAAAAAUACAGAAAUACUGGCUUGGACGUGUUCCCCCUUGUAUCAAAAACAAAAGUUCAAUCAUGGAACCAUGCUGCUUAGCAUGGCAUUGCACAGUGAGCCUCCAACAACGAUGAUAGCGCCGGGUAUUUGUGACACUAGCCUGCCAGCACUAGUAACACUGCAGAUUGACUUUCCAGAAACUAAUUUGGAGUUUAUUAAACCGGAGCCUGAAGAAAAAAGAGAUGACCUUGAAGAGCCAGCUAAAGAGUGCUUGAAGCAUAUAGCAAGACUUUCACAGAAACAUUCUCUCUUGCUGUUGUCAGAGCAAGAGAGAAGAUUUUUAUGGUUUUAUCGUUCCUACUGCAAUAAUGAAAACUGUUCUCUUCCUUUGGUACUGGGCAGUGCCCCCAGUUGGGAUCGAAAGAGCAUAUCAGAAAUGUAUACUGUGUUGAGGGAAUGGAUCUUUUCUAACCCUUUGGAGGCACUUGGGCUUCUGACUUUCAGUUUUCCAGAUCAAGACAUUCGCAGAACUGCAGUCCAACAAAUGGAAAAUCUGUCAAAUGAUGAAUUGUUGGAAUACCUCCCACAGCUGGUUCAGGUGAUCAAGUUUGAGUGGAGUCUCGAAAGCCCCCUUGUGAAACUCCUGCUGUGCCGCUCUCUACAGAGCAUCCAAUUAACUCAUCGACUUUACUGGCUUUUAAAGGAUGCACAGAAUGAAGCUCAUUUCAAAAGCUGGUAUCAGAAACUACUAGCUGCUGUCCAAUUCUGCGCAGGAAAAACCUUAAAUGAUGAGUUUUCUAAGGAGAGGAAACUUAUCAAAAUUCUGGGAGAUGUUGCUGAAAAAGUCAAGGCUGCCAGCGACCCCAAAAAACAGGAGGUGCUAAAGAUAGAAAUCAACAAACUUAAGCAGUUCUUCCAUGAGGUAAAUGUUUGCCGGCUUCCCCUGAAUCCUGCACUUGUUGUACGAGGCAUAGAUGCAGAUGCAUGUUCAUAUUUCACGUCCAAUGCUUUUCCAUUGAAAAUCUCCUUCAUCAAUACAGAUACACUUAGUAGAAACAUCAAUGUUAUUUUUAAGGUUGGAGAUGAUCUACGUCAGGAUAUGCUGGUUCUGCAGAUUAUUCGCGUGAUGGACAGAAUUUGGCUUCAGGAGGGACUCGAUAUGCAAAUGAUCAUUUAUAAGUGUUUAUCUACAGGAAAAGGCCAAGGACUUGUGCAGAUGGUGUCAGAUGCUACAACUCUAGCCAAGAUCCACAGGGAGUCUGGAUUGAUAGGACCAUUGAAGGAAAACACAAUUAAAAAAUGGUUCAGUCAUCAUCAUCCUUUGGAAUCAAGUUACCAAGAGGCAUUAAAGAAUUUCUUUCAUUCCUGUGCUGGUUGGUGCGUUGUUACCUUCAUUCUGGGAGUCUGUGACCGACACAAUGACAACAUCAUGCUGACAAACACUGGCCACAUGUUCCAUAUAGAUUUUGGAAAGAUUUUAGGUCAUGCACAAAAAUUUGGAAGCAUAAAAAGGGACCGAGCACCUUUUAUCUUCACUUCAGAGAUGGAGUAUUUCAUCACAGAAGGUGGAAAAAACCCACAGCGCUUCCAAGAGUUUGUGGAGCUUUGCUGUCGAGCUUAUAAUAUAGUCAGGAAACACAGCCAAUUGCUCUUGAACCUGCUGGAGAUGAUGCUGCAUGCAGGGUUGCCUGAGCUGAACAGCAUCCAGGAUCUGAAGUAUGUGUAUGAUAACCUUCGUCCACAGGACUCAGACCUCCAAGCCACGAGCCACUUUACCAGGAAAAUAAAGGAAAGUUUAGAGUGCUUCCCUGUCAAACUCAAUAACCUGAUCCAUACGCUUGCACAAAUGUUAGCCACAGGCUUUGCCAAGUCUACAGCUUCACAGAAUGUUCCUCAGGAAUCCAACCUGCUGGAUGCAGAGAGGUCAAUUGCCCGAGCAACCAUUUUAGGGUUCAGCAAAAAGCCUGACUCUCUAUAUUUAGUCCAGGUGGUGCAAACCUGCCAAGUGGUCACCUUUGUGGAAAAAUCAUUUGAACAAUUUUCAAAACUUCACAGCCAUCUACAGAAGCAAUUUCCAUCACACGCCCUCCCGGAGUUUCCCCACUGGUGGCAUUUACCUUUUACAGAUCUUGAACACAAAAGAAUGAAAGACUUAAAUCUCUAUGUGAAGCAGUUAUUGAAUGGAUUCAACAACCUAUCUAAUAAUGAGCACGUCCUCAGCUUUUUCCUCGAUGGGUCCAAAACCGACUGGCCGGAAGAAUCUGCACUUGUUAGCCUAGGUCCAAAAUCUACUGAACAGAAACCUGGAGUGCAGUUAGUCAUAUCCUAUGAGUGCACCCACCUGACAAUAUUGUUGAAACAUAUGAGGAAUAUUCAUCUCCCAGAUGGCUCUGUCCCAACUGCACAUGCUGAAUUUUAUCUUUUACCGGAUCCUGAUGAAGUCAGCAGAAGGAAAACGAAAGCAGUUCCAAAAAGCACUGACCCUACUUACAAUGAAAUUGUAGUAUAUGACGCAGUCACCGAGCUCCAAGGACGUGUGUUACAGCUUAUUGUGAAAAGCAAAGGAACAUUUGUGGGAGCUAUCAACAUUCAACUGAACAGUGUCCCAUUAAAUGAAGAAAAGUGGUACCCAUUGGGGAACAGUAUAAUUUGAACAUUGCCUUAGAUAACUGAAAUAUUCAUUCAUUAUUUCUCUUUCUCUUUUCUCAUGGGCCAUUUUGGCACAUUAGCCGAAAUAUUUGCCUUUGAGAAUAUAAUAUGCAGUAAACCGCUAACCAUAUAUACAUUGAACUACUAAUCACACGGAAAUUCUCUCUUUUUCAUGAUCCAUUGCCAUUUAGCUAUCUUCACAGAAUUACUACCUUUACCUGCAACAAGUUCCCAUUAGCCUGGGUGUAAAAAGGCUUGCAGCAUGCAAUUUCAAUUAUCUUGGAUAACAUUUCUUAUGGCAACAAGCAAGAUAUUUGUUCCUGCUGAUCACUAUUAUUUGUAUACAGCUAGAUGUGUUUUAUGUAUCCCUAAACCUGUGAUGCUGGAGCCUUAGCCAAAGCCCAUUUAAGUCAAUGGUAAUCUCCCACUGACUUUAGUGGGCUUUGGAUCAGACCAAGAAUGAGCUUAUUGGGGUGAAUUCACUCUACUUGAUGUCUGUGUAGUUAUAUCAGUUUUAAAUAUGGCCCAGUUAGUAUGAUAGCACGUUCACCUGAGAGAUCAUAGUAGAAUGACAGCCAGUUUGUAUUUAAAACUUCUUGCUCAUUUCACAUUUAAAGUGUAACUAUAUGUGCAGAAUUUAAAAUCUGAACAUUUAAAAGAAUUUAAAACUAUACUGUCCUUUAGUUUUAGCAUAUACCUUAUAUUUUUAAGUUUUAACUUGCUGAUGUAACAUGUGACUUUGUAACUUUCAGACCUGGGGAAAGAUGUUUCAUCUCACUGGGUUUAUUCUGGGAAAAUAUUUGGAAAUAAAUAAAUUCUGGCAAAAUAUCUGAUAAUAGAUAAAUGUUAUAAAUUAGAGUUUGAAAAAUAUUUAUAUCCAACGAUCCCCAUAGACUUUUAAACAUUUCCAAAAAUCCCAUGUAAAUGACCAAUGUAUUAGAACCAUCACACAGUAAGUAAAGGGGACAUACAAUAAAUAGUUACUCUGCUGAAAGGUUAAAUUAAGUAAAAUCAUAUUAUAAGAAAUCUUUGUUCAUUAGUAAAGAAGAAAAGGAGUACUUGUGGCACCUUAGAGACUAACCAAUUUAUUUGAGCAUAAGCUUUUGUGAGCUACAGCUCACUUCAUCGGAUACGAAAGCUUAUGCUCAAAUAAAUUGGUUAGUCUCUAAGGUGCCACAAGUACUCCUUUUCUUUUUGCGAAUACAGACUAACACGGCUGUUACUCUGAAACCUUGUUCAUUAGUGUUACCCCAUUGCAUGUUCAUGCUGCAUUUGGGAACUAAACAAUACAUACACAGGCUCCAGUCCUGUAAAGCCUUAUACAUAUGCUUAACUUCCUGCACGUGAGUAUCCCAUUGAGUUCAGUGGGACUGGUUCAUGAACUCAGUCCUUGAAGGUGCUUUUGCCCAAAUCCAGUGAAACACGUAAGCACGCUUUUUACUUCCCAUUAGACUCACUGAAUUCCAUUAACAUCAGUUGCACACAUGAGCCCCAUGUGCAUAAAGUUAGGCACUUACAUAUGUCUUCCCAGAAUCAGGGUCACAGGGUAGUAAAAAGAAAAAGUACUGAUUCAUGAUGUGAUCCAAGGUAAACAUUAAUAUGAUAACAAGAUUUAUCCUGCAAGUUGAAAAAGUGGCUGGCAGUGGGAAUAAUGCCCAGAGCUGUAGGGGAUUCCUUUUUUCCACCCAAAGCACAAUAGUUUUAAGACACACAAAUCAGGCUUAAGCAGCUUAUGAUAUAUAAACCUGUUGAAGUUGCGGUGUGAGUGUCAUUUAAGAAUAUCAUGAAUCCAACAAACCUGCAUUCUUCUCGGUUGCAAACAGAUUGGUUAUGUCAGCUCUUGGAACAGAGCCACUAUAUUGCCCGGGGAAAUUAAACUUCUCAGUGAGGAUUGAGAACCUGCUUGAGUAAAAACAUGAACAUGCCUACUCAGUGCUGAAGAAAACCAUAAAAUUUUUACCCUAUGAAAAAGAUAUUGUCUAUGAUACAAAUAUAAACAGUACAAGGAUCGACAAGGCCAAAAUUUUAGAUUAUAGGUAUUCUAAGAUAAAGGCGCAAGUGACUUCCCUCUCAAAAAAUGCAGAAGACACAUCAUAUCCAGCUUUUAGUUAUCAAAUUACCUGACCCUAAAGUUCAGUAUUGAUUUCAGAUUCUUCUCAGUUUUCUUUAGUUUGCUUUUAAUGUAAAUAAAUGUUGGCAGUUUUCCAGUAGUGUUAUUUCCUGUAACAUUUUCAAAUCUUUGCCUGUGGUAUGUACAGGAGAGUAUAAUUUUCCAUAUUCGAGAGAGACACAUUUUGUGCAUAGGGGAUAUAUUAAUACAAAUAACAUUUAAAAUGACAAUAAAAAUAAAAUCAAACUAUAAAGAUAAGCAUUGAUCUCAGUAUCUUAAGUAAGAAAUGUGCCAUCAUAAUACAGCUUGGUAAGUUAUUGAGGCUUGGACCCGAAACCUGCAAUGAAUUCUGUACAUGUAGAUCCCUGUGUGCACGUGGAGCUCAUUGCACAAUAGCAAUUUAUAAGAAAGGUGGGAGAACACUGUCUCUUGAUGGGAGGGCAAGGGCUAUGCUGACAGGGAAGGUGCAGACAGCAGUAUCUGGCAGGCGGUUAGUGUUUUGAGAUCCUGGUAUCAGCAAAAUUGAAUAUUGUCCAGGUUACCACUCUUGAACUUUUAUCAUUUUUACAAUG